GGGAACCUUUGUUGGGCGGACACUCUGUCCGGGAGCUGCGGGUGCGGGGGGGCGGGACCGGAAGGGGAGGUUGGCCGCACCCGCCGCCUGUCGCGGCGCCGCCAUGAGCUUCCCGUGGCCCUGGCAGUACAACUUCCCGCCUUUCUUCACACUCCAGCCCAACGUGAACACGCAGCACAAGCAGCUGGCGGCAUGGUGCUCGGUGGUGCUCGCCUAUUUUCGGUAUCACAAGCUUCACCAGCUCGACGUGCUGGAGGCCCAGGAGAGCCAGCUGUUCAACAACAAGAGGAUCCAGCGGAAACUCUCCACAGAGGCUAUCCAGGUGGUGUUGGAAGAUCUCAGGAAAAAGGGAAACUUAGAGUGGAUCGACAAAAAUAAGACCCGGUGUCUGAUCAUGUGGAGGAGACCAGAGGAGUGGGGGAAGCUGGUGUAUCAGUGGGUUUCAAAGAAUGGCAUGACCAACUCUGUGUUUACACUGUAUGAGCUCUCAAAUGGAGACGACACAGAAGGGGAGGAGUUCCACGGCCUGGAAGAGUGGCUGCUGAUUCGAGCGUUGCAAGCUUUGCAGUCGGAGCACAAGGCAGAGAUCAUCAGCCUGAACGACAGCAAAGGCGUUAAGUUCUUCUGAUCUCUUCCCCCCCCCCUCCCUCUCCCCCCUCCCACCCCACUCCCUGGUCUGGCCACAGCCAGAGAGACACAUGGACUGAUUACGAUCAAGCUCUAACCGAGCCCCAACCCCCCCGAUGAGGGAGCGGUUCAGAUUUACACAAAUACCACACGACCUUAGCCCCCACCAUCCCACCCAUCACCAGCUCCCUGUCUGCUCUGCACUGCAGCCCCGGUCUCCGCUGUUUAUUUAGUCUUAAUCCAAUUCGCCUUCCCUCUCCGGAGUUUAAAGAUGAAUGUAAUUAAUUGAUGGCUGUGCUGUACCAGGCCGGGCGGGGGCCGAGAUCGAUCGGCGCAGGAUGUUUACCCAAAGUGGGAGCCUGGUUUGAGAGGUUAGACCGGGGAUUGCGGACUGAGAAUUUCCCCGUAAUAUUCGAAAUGCGCAGCCUACAAAAACACACACACGCCACUGCACUUCACAGCCAUUCCUGCCUGAGCGAGCUGUCUUUCCUGACGUGAAAGGUGCUAUGACGAAAACGAGGAUUAUUACACGUAAAUCGGCGUGCUUUCUGUGCAGAAUUUCCUUCCGAUGGCACAAGAGACAUGGCCCGUUAUGCACGCGCGCGAUAGACCGAAGCCGUCUGGAGCUCGGCCUCUGGUCUGGGGGCACCUUGGAACAUUGGGCGAAAAAAAAGAUCAUUUCCCUGCUGGUCUCGGGAAAUAUCUGCUUUCCACGGAGGAGCCUAAGCUUUCGGUUGGGGGUUUGCCACCAGAUAGCGUCUGAAGACGUCCCAACCAGGAUAUCGAGGGUGUGAAGGAACAUAGAAGCGUCUCUGCUGGAAUGCCUGAGAGUUCAGCUGAGAUAGAGAUUGAAUAGCAAGGUAGAUAGCUCUGGGAAUUCUUGACAACAGUUGCUUUCUCGGGGUGGGGUGGGGGGUAAUCAUUUUCCAGGGGGUGAAAUAAAUGUGGUCACUCACUCCGUGACUUUGUGGGACGCUGCUGUGCGCAAUUGGCUGUCGCGUUAGGCCAACAAGAUUCACUCCACUUCUUCGCAGUGUAUCCUGUGAAGCGCUUUGAACCUUCUCGACGGGCCCGUGUCAAAACGCGGCGAUGAUUAUUCCCGUCGAUAGUGUUUCACGUUGGGAGGAACGUCUCAACGCGCUUUGCGGGAUUUUAGCUGCGAGGCGCAGCGAACGCGUGUGUUUCCGCGGACGGAAAAACGCCGACGUCCAGAGCGCACGUCUCUUGCUUCUUAACCGUCUGCGCUGCCUCUGGCUGCUGAGCUUUACGGCUCUCGCGGGCCGUGACCUUUUAACGGAGGGCGGGGGAGCUGAUGGCUCUCGUUUGGAAUGUGCGAGCCGGUCCGUGCAGAUUGGGUCUUUUGUUUAAACGCCUUGUUUCUGUGUGGGAAUCCCACACGCCCUCUCCGACUUGCGGCUCAGACCUGAAUGCAUUGAAUUCAUCUCCAGAACAAUGAGUGAACUCUGCACAAUAUUUUUGUUUGCCUCCCGAGCGAGCGAGCAAACCCGCAUCGGGUUGUGGAGCGUCGAAGCAAUCUCUUUUUGUUGGUGCUUUCGCUCAAAUUAACCUCACGUAGCAAUGUGAGACGUCCCAAUGACGUGAUAAGGCGUUAUAUCCAAUUCAUAUUAUUAUUAUUACAUAAAUUUGGUUUGGAGACUCGAGCUCGCCGACGGGGUUUCCACUCGAGUCAGACACUCGGUUUAGCCGGAAACCCAAAGUAUUUUUUUUUAAUAUAAAAAAAGAGAACGCAACGGGGCGUUAUAUAACACCGCCUCGGAAACGUUUUGCGCUCGGGCUUCGCUACGGUCGAGGCGUUUGGAGCCCAGCGGCUGCCGUUGCUCAAGAUUCCCGGCGUCAUCCGGCCAACGCCGAGUGGCUGUUGUCAUUUGUGGGUUGGCUGAGACUCAGUCACCCUCCCAUCUUGCGAUCUGUUCACUGGAUGCUUUAGCGUUACCCCCCCCCGCCCACCCCCACCGUGUUGCUAAAGCAUUCAGACUCAGCGCGUGUGACCGUGGCAUAAGGACACUGCUGGCUGGGGGUGGGGGGAGUGCUAUCACAACAGCGAGGUGUUGCCGCGCAGGUCAAAGGCGCUCCAGGUAGAGUGGUCGUUUGGGUUUUUUUUUCUCUGAAUGAUACAGCCCCCAAUCUGUACUUUGUUGUUCGCACCACUCCCUCGGUGUUGCAUUGAAGAUCAAAAUAAAGCCAACGCUGGUUCCGUU